CGUGCCGGGCCAGGAGCCCCCCGCAGCCCCCAGAGCCCCUCAGGCCCGGCCGGGGCGGAGCGUGGGGUGGAGGCGGCGGGCGGAAGGGCGCUGGGGCCGGAAGAUGGCCGAGCCGGAGGCGCAGCUGCUGCUGGCCGUGGGGCUGAUCGAAAAAGACACCAGUGGCGAUGCGCUGUGGGUCUGGUGCUAUCCGUCCGUGACAGCGGAGCUGAGGAAUCUGUUGCUGCGGAAAAGCUGCCUCACGGAUGAAAACAAACUGCUUCAUACCUUUGUGUUUGGCCAGUACAAAAGGUCGUGGUUCUACAUCACAACUGUGGAAGUUCAAGAAUCGCCGGUCUUGAAAAAGGUGACCCACUUCUCCAUUGUUCUGACAGCCAAAGACUUCAACCCGGAGAAAUAUGCAGCCUUCACUAGGAUACUCUGUAGAAUCUACUUGAAGCAUGGAAGUCCAGUUAAAAUGAUGGAGAGUUACAUUGCAGUCCUUACAAAGGGGGUCUGCCAAAGCGAAGAAAAUGGAUCUUUCCUCAGCAAAGACUUCGAUGCUCGGAAGGCUUACCUUGCUGGGUCCAUUAAAGAUAUAGUAUCUCAGUUUGGAAUGGAAACAGUUAUCUUAUAUACAGCACUGAUGUUAAAGAAGAGAAUUGUGGUAUAUCAUCCUAGAAUAGAAGCCAUCCAGGAGUUUACCAGGACUUUGCCUGCUUUAGUGUGGCAUCGACAAGACUGGUCAAUUCUUCAUUCGUACGUGCAUCUAAAUGAAGAGGAAGUGGAAGCCUUAAAAGCCUGCACAGGUUACAUUGCUGGAUUUACAGAUUCUGAAGUGAACAGCAGACCAGACCUCUACGAUGUGUAUGUGAAUUUGGCAGACAGUGAGAUCACCAUUUCCCCUCUAGUAAAAGAGGCAAUGACAAUGGGAAAACUUCACAAAGAAAUCGGACAACUAAUUGUUCAAUCUGCAGAAGACCCAGAUAAAUCAGACAGCCAAGUCAUUAAGGAUAUUUCUCUGAAGACAAAAGAAAUCUUGGCUACACUAGCCUCCCUCACUGAAGUUUCUGAUGGCAAUGAAAAACCAACCCUUAACUCUGAGGCCCUGAAACAAAAGCGAUUUCCACCAGCUACAGAAAACUUUCUUUUUCAUUUAGCAGCUGCUGAACAAAUGCUUAAAAUCUGAUUUUGAUGCACUUCAGUGUUGUGGACCAGUUCAAAAAUACUCUCUUUGCCAUACAAAUAGGAAUACCCAAUUUUUGUAUGGGAAAAUUUAAGGUGUAAAGUUGAAUGCCAUAUUUACCAUGUAAUAAUGCAGAAUAUCAGAGCUUGACCUGGAACAUACGGAGGCGUAUUUAGGAACGUUCCUGGUGUCAUUAUCUUUUCCCAGCUAUAACUUUGUAUGUAAGGCUCUCAUAUUUCAUAUGACAGUGUGGGUGUGUAUACGUGUAGCAUGGGCACGUGUGUCCAGGCUGUGCCAGGCAUUGUAGCGGCCGUUUGUCGUGCAGAGUCCAGAUGUUGGGCAGCUCUGUUCUUACUCUGCCCUGCCCUCCUUGUGUCUGGAACGUUGGGCAGCUCUGUUCUUACUCUGCCCUGUCCUCCUUGUGUCUGGAACACAGGCUGCAGCAGGUCAGCUGCAAAGCCAACACAUUUGGGAAGUGCUAGUCUGCACAGGGAUACACUGAUCACGUUGUUGGUCUGAGUGCUCACUCUGGGCUUCCAGGUAUGUCGGGGGGUCAGAUACUGCUCUUCUGGACUCUCUGAGACCUGGAAAUCCCAAAUAAAUGGAAAAGUUCUCUUCUUUCUACUUGAAUUUGUCUAGGUGUAAAAAAGGAUGUCUGGGGACAAUCUGACAUGGUAGCCUUACUAUAGAGAGGAAGAGGUAUUUUAAAGCUUGUGUUGGAGUUAAGCACCUCUUGGACUCUUGCCUUAUAAGUUCCCUUUUCACUCCGUCCCAUGCCUCUGCCAGAGGAAAAAGAGGACAGGAUUAGUUUAUUUAAAUUGGGGGCUUCCUAGGAGCCCACAGAGAAGUGCUGCUUCACAGCUGGAGUCAGUUAACAAGCUGUUGGGGCUCUCAUCUGAGAAGAUACCUGGCCUUUAGUUCCUGAGCCAUGUGAUAGAAAAUGAGAUUAGUUGAAGCCUAAUGGACCAGAAGUGUCCAAAUGGCUGCUUCCAUAGAUGGGGCAGCAGCUUCUUGCACUGCUGGAGCUGUAGCACGGGUACUAUCUGAUGGUGCUCUGUGUAGGCGACACGGAGGUGGGAACUUUUGAAGUAAUAGUGAAAACUAGAACACGGUUUAUUGAAAAUUAAAACAUUCCUACUCGUUUGGUCUCCUAGCUGUAUCUCAAGAGAUUUUUUUCUUUCAUUGAGCAGCCUGAAACUAACUGCUUUGUAAUCUUCUGAGAAGAAUUUAGAUUCUCUGUAGGGAAAUACUCUGAGCCAAGCAAUCUGUAUUUCUUCAGAAAUGUUCACAGAAAACAGUCAAUUCUGCCGUAGCACUUUGUUAUAAGAAAAAAUAACCUUUUUUUCCUGGCCUUUGUACAGAGAGGCUUUAGCAUGUGGUUUUACAUAGAGAUUUUAUACUGACGACUAAAACUUUAGUAAUCAAUAUUUAUAUUGUUAAAUAAUCGGAUGUUUGCUAUUCUGAAAUUGUUGGAGCUCAUCAAUAACCAUGUGCAAGCAGUAGCAGUCUGGAAAAGGGUUGUCCUUUUGCUACAUAUCAUACAUGAAGAAAAUCUAUCGUAGAAUGUGGCUAAGGAAUGUGGCACCUGUGUAUAAAAGCUAGCUCUUACAGCCAGUAAAUGAAACUGCCUCAGAACAAUCCCGUUUUCAGGGGUAUGAAACCUACUUUAACCAUUUACUCUGCAGUUUCGAUUCUGUACACAGGGGAAUGUUUUUUUUGUUUUUUCUUUGAGAAAAAUUCUGCAACUGCCAUCAUUUGCCUGUAAGUGCAUUUUUUCUGCAUUUGGCCAUUAACGUGGUAUGGGAUAAUUUUGGGGGUGUACAGGAGGGGUUGUUUUUCCCAUUAAUGGUUCUUUAAUACUGCUGCUUCUGUUUGGGCACUUUUGUAACAUUUGGAACAGCAAAACAGCAAAAUAGUGCGGAAAAUUCUGUUCAGGACUUACCUUGAUGCCUACCAAAACUGUCUGUCCCCCAGAAAAACCUGAAGAUACUUCAUAUCAGCUCUCUUAUUGCCACCUUGUAACUGUGAAGAAAUGCACUUAGUUCCUUUUUAACAAAAAGCCUUCAGGUGUAUGUCAUUAGGUAGUAUGGGUGUGAGGGACAACCACAAAAAGCAGAGAAGCUCAGAUACAAAGUAAAUAUUGAAUGCUUUUUUUGCUUUCUGUUUUCUUAAAAGUGGAGAAGCCUCAGUGGUAGAUCUUGUGUUCUAACAUUCGUGUGACACAAAUGAACUGUAAUUUUGCACUUAAGGAACUCGACUCAUAGCAUGCUUAUGCCUAUUAAAAAGAAUCCUGAACAGCCUA